CCGGGCCGGAGAAGAACUCAUAGAAAAACGCGACGAAUAAAAAAGACCAUUUCUUCCGAACACAAGAGGAGGCGGGUGGUGGUGGUGGUGUUGCUGCUUCUGGUGCCGUCCACUUCCUUCUUCCCACCUCCAUCUUCAUCUCUCCCUCCCUCUCUCUCUCUGAAUCUACCGAACCCUUCUCGCCGAAGGAGGAGAGAGAGAGAGAGAGAGAGAGACGGGAAGACCAUCGCUUUCGGCCAUCGCGUGCACGAGCAGUCAUGAGGAGAGGCAGAUGCGCCGCCGCGGCCGCGAAGAGGGAGGCGGCCGAGAUAGCGCCGCCGCCGGUGCCCCAUGCGGCUGCGGCGGCGGCGGCGGAACCCAGAUACAGGGGCGUCCGGCGGAAGUCGCUGGGCCGAUACACGGCCGAGAUCAGAGACCCCGGGACGAAGAAGCUCGUGCGGCUCGGCACUUUCGGCUCGCCGGAGGAAGCGGCGCGUGCUUUCGACGCGAAGGCCGUGGCGUUCCGCGGGGUCAAGGCCAGGACCAACUUCCCCGUCGCCCCGUCGAGUUUCCCUCCGGCCGCUUCUCGCGAUCUGCGAGCUCCGUUGAUUGAAUCCAGAAAGUUCGGUCGGAGAGGCGCUCGAGAUCUUCGCGGCGACCACCACGACGUCAGCCCGCAGAGACCGACCUCGAGCAGCUUAAGCAGCACCGUGGUGUCGUCCAGUGGUCCUCGACCGUCGCCGCCGCCGGAGACGGCGAAGCGGCGGACUAGGACUCCGCCGCCGCCACCGCCGCCGCCGGAGGAUUGUCGGAGCGGCUGCGGUUCCUCAUCCACGGUGAUUGAUGACGAGGGCGAGGAUUUCGCGUCUUCGUCGAGAAGAGAACCCUUGCCGUUCGAUCUCAACCUCCUCCCUCCGCCGGAGAUCGACGAUUUCCAGUUCACAUCCCUGCGCCUCUAGGGAGGAUGAAGACGAACCGACCCGUGUGAUUUCUCGCGCUAUUUUCUUCUUCUUCCUCGUCUUUAUUACUAAGUUAAAUCAAUUAGCCUCUUCUAUCACGACCUUUUAUUGUCUCGGGUGAUCAUUGUCGCCACGACAUGUAGCGCAGUGGCGAUAUGCCGUGUCAUCAAUCUGAAGUCUGAUGUGAGGAUAAAUGGGGUUCUUUAGGUACCUCGACCCCAGGCUCCCUGAAAGUGUGUUUGUACAUUUACCAGAUGCAGUAACCACUAAAGAAGUGGAUUUGUUCCUCUUCAGUUUCAAUUUUUGCUGAAUUCUUUA